AUGAUUGUAGCCAACGAGAGACAAGCCGCCAGCAAGACCAGGGGCAAAUAUGUGGUUUUUGAGAGGGACGGGCUCAAGUAUGCUAAGGUCCUCAGGAACGACUACGACAUGCCAGUUAAAGUCACUAAGGAUGAUCUCACUGUCAGCGAACCCGCCACUGCCGAAAAAAUAAUCCAAAAAAUUGAAGUCUUUGGUGGCUGUAUUGUCAAGAACUACCUUUCAGCCGAAGUGACUGAUGCCAUCUAUGCUGAUGCCAAACCGUACCUGGACCAGGACACUUCUUGGGAUGGAACCUUCUUUCCACCAGAAACCAGAAGAACCGCAGGUAUGUGUGUCAAGUCAAAGAUUUGUGCCGAGAAGUUCUUGACUCAUGAGCUGAACGUUGCUGUUUCCAAUGCAUUUUUGGGGAGGGAGGAUGCUGUUUGGUCUGGUGACGAGAUCGUUGAAGGCUACUCUCCUCCGCAACACAACUGCACCAUCACUUUCAGAAUUGGUCCGGGGGCAAAGGACCAAGUGUUGCAUCGUGAUGAUGGUAUUCACCACAACAUUCACAAACAUAGGGACUCGUACCAUUAUGGUGAUGACUCUGCGCUGGGUAUGGUGUUGGGGUUGACCAGAACCACCAGGGCCAAUGGUGCAACCAGAUUUGUUCCAGGCUCUCAUCUUUGGGAUCACUGGAGAAAGCCUAGCAAAGAUGAGGUUGUCUAUGCUGAAUUAGACAAAGGAGAUUGUUUUUUCAUGCUCGCGUCGUGCUUCCAUGGUGGGUCUGCUAACACUACUGAGGACGAGUACAGAACAGUCACCAUUCUGUUCAUGACCCUUGGAACCCUAAGACAGGAAGAGAACAUUAUGCUUGGAACUCCAAUUGAGUACUUCAAGUCUUUGCCAGUAGAAACCCUGAAGCUGUUAGGUCUGACGCCCUCUGAGCCAUUCCUUGGUUACAUCGACUUCAAGGAUCCUCUGGCUCUACUGAAGCCAGAAGAACAUGCCAAGGAAAACAAGGAUUUGCGUGGCACCGCUUACACGGGAAUUCUUGUUGAUAGCUUUACUGCUUGA